CCUGGGCAUUGUUGUGCCUCUGAACAAUGACGUAGCCAGGAAAUACAAAACAGUCUAGGUGAGCUGUGAGUGUUUGCAGAGACUAUUUUAAAAUUACAGCUAACUUGUUUAGGGCAAAAGGACCGACGUUUGUUCGUUUGGAACAACGCGUUUUGACUAAACCUUUCACCGUUCGACUUGACUGCAGGUUUAACUGAUGUGGACCUUCUCACCAGAGACCGGAGCACAGCCUAGUUUGUGGAUCUCUGCCACACUCACCACUGACUAAACUGGCUCUGAGAUCAGCCCCGUGUGAAAUGGUGCGUGUUCAUGCUGCCUGUGCCUUGUUCAGCCUUGCACCCCUGUUGGUGCUUGGUGUUCCUCCUAUUUGGACCCAACCAGAACAAGUGCACCUCUCCUAUGCAGGAGCGCCAGGCUCAAUGGUAGUAACCUGGACCACCUUCAAUAAGACGGAUAGCAAGGUGGAGUAUGGCCUUCUUGGAGGUCGGCUCUUUGAGAUGAGCGCCAAAGGUGACACCGCUCUAUUUGUGGACUCGGGAGAGGAGAAGAGGAAGCUGUUCAUCCACAGAGUCACGCUCACGGGCCUCAAACCUGCUGCUGCUUACGUUUAUCACUGCGGGAGCGAUGAAGGCUGGAGCGAUGUGUUCUCCUUCACCGCACUGAACGACAGCAUUAGUUUCAGCCCCCGCUUUGCUCUGUAUGGCGAUCUGGGCAAUGAGAACCCUCAGUCCCUGUCUCGUCUGCAGAAGGAGACACAGCUUGGCAUGUACGACGUCAUCCUGCACAUAGGGGACUUUGCCUACGACAUGCACGAGGACAAUGCCAGGAUUGGAGAUGAGUUCAUGAGGCAGAUCCAGUCCAUAGCAGCCUACGUGCCCUACAUGACCUGUCCAGGCAACCACGAGUCUACGUACAACUUUUCCAACUACAGGAAUCGCUUCAGUAUGCCGGGCCAGACGGAGAGCCUGUGGUACAGCUGGAACCUGGGGUCCGCACACAUCAUCUCCUUUUCCACCGAAGUUUAUUUCUAUCUGGAGUUUGGCUUGGAGCUCCUCUUCAAGCAGUACGAGUGGCUGAAGAAAGACCUGGAGGAGGCCAACAAGCCUGAGAACAGAGCGGCGCGUCCAUGGAUCAUCACCAUGGGACACAGACCAAUGUACUGCUCUGAUGACGACCAGGAUGACUGCACCCAGUUUGACUCCUAUGUCCGGCUCGGGCGGAAAGACACGAAGCCGACGGCUCCUGGUCUAGAGGAUUUAUUCUACCGCUAUGGGGUGGAUUUGGAGUUGUGGGCACACGAGCACACGUAUGAGAGGCUUUGGCCUGUUUACGGCGACAAGGUGUACAAUGGGAGCACAGAGCAGCCUUAUGUGAACCCCAAGGCUCCUGUGCACAUUAUCACAGGCUCUGCUGGCUGCAGAGAGAGGACGGACAAGUUCAAUCCAAACCCCAAAGGGUGGAGCGCUUUCCGCAGCACAGACUACGGCUACAGCCGCAUGCAAGUGGUCAACGCCACCCACAUUUACUUGGAGCAAGUCUCUGACGAUCAGUACGGGAAGGUGAUUGACAGCAUAUGGGUGGUAAAAGAAAAGCACGGCUUCUCUGCCUGGUCAUGAAGACUGCCAUCCUUAAAAAAAGUUUCUGCGCAUAAAAUGCACUUUGAUCCUCAAACAAGCACAUCUUUUGCUGAAUCACACCAAUCAUACAGAUUUCUUUUUAAGCAAUAAUGAAUGUUUUUAUGUCAGUCUGUCCUCUGUAUGGUAAUCAUCUACUGUAAAUGUAUAUAAUGCAGCUGUAAGUGCUCUGCUAAGACAGGGCACCACAAUUGUUUUCCAUUUGAAUAAAUACAUUUUUGUAUUUGCUCACCA